AUGCCUUACCCAGAAGAAUUUACAGGUAUUGGGGUGCUUUCCACAGAUUCAUGGAGAACUCCUCAACGUGUUACCUAUCCAGCUAAAUCAUUCGAUCCAAAAGAUAUCGAUAUUCAGAUUGAUGCUUGUGGGGUAUGUGGUUCAGAUUUGCACACUGUUCAAGGUCAUUGGAGACCAAUUCGUGAUAAGAUGGUGGUCGGUCACGAAAUUGUCGGGACCGUUGUUGCCAUUGGUUCUCAAUGUAAUUCAGGUUUCAAAAUAGGUGACCGUGUCGGUGUUGGUGCUCAAGUGUUAUCAUGUCUAGAAUGUGAACGUUGUGAGGAAGGAAAUGAACCAUACUGUGCUAAAUUUGUAUCCUGUUACAAUCGUCCUUACGAUGAUGGUUACAUCUCUCAAGGUGGUUAUGCUUCUCACGUUCGUGUCCAUGAACAUUUCGUGAUCCCAAUUCCUGAAUCUAUCCCUUCCGAGUUAGCUGCUCCUUUACUUUGUGGUGGGAUCACGGUUUAUUCACCAUUACGUCGUAAUGGUUGUGGAAGUGGUAAACGUGUAGGUAUUGUUGGUAUUGGUGGUCUAGGUCACAUGGCUGUAUUGUUUGCAAAGGCAAUGGGUGCUGAAGUAUAUGCGUUUUCUCGUAGAGUUAAUAAACGUGAAGAUGCUUUGAAACUAGGGGCAGACCAUUAUGUUGCCACCAGUGAGACUCCGGGUUGGGAAUCUGAAUUGAAGAGUAAACUAGAUUUGGUCCUUGUAUGUGCCUCAUCUUUAUCCGAUAUUGAAUUGGAUAAAUAUGUUACAUCAAUGAAAGUUGGUGGGAAAAUUAUAUCUGUAUGUGUCCCUGAGAAACAUGAAAAAUUGUCAUUGAGUGCGUUUGGUUUAGCUGGUGUUCAUAUAUCUAAUAGUGCUUUAGGUUCUCCAGCUGAAAUUAGAGAACUGUUGGAUUUAGUCGUCGAAAAAGGAAUUAAAAUUUGGGUGGAGACUUUACCUGUGGGAGAAUCCGGUGUCUCUGAGGCUUUGCAACGUCUAGAUAAAGGUGACGUCCGUUACAGGUUCACACUCGUUGAUUUUGAUAAAGAAUUCCCAAGAGCUUGA